AAAACUCUUCUAGUACGUCAUAACCUUGAUGUUAUGCAUAUUGAAAAAAACUUUACUGACAAUGUACUUUAUACAUUACUAAAUUCAGAAGGAAGAUCAAAAGAUAAUUUCAAGUCUCGUCUGGACCUACGAGACAUGGGACUAAGAUAUGACCUUCAUCCAGUAUCAAGUGGAUCCAAAACAUAUCUACCUCCGUCAUGCUUCUCUAUGAGUACGAAGGAAAAGGAAGAUUUCUGUAAAUUAUUAAAGGGAGUUAAAUUUCCUGACGGUUAUGCAUCAAAUAUCUCAAAUCGUGUACAUGUUAAAGAGAAAAAAAUUUCAGGGCUCAAGAGUCAUGAUAGUCAUAUAUUGAUGCAACAUUUGCUCCCAUUAGCUACAAGAAGAAUCUUGCCAGAGAAUGUUAGCCAAACAUUGAUAGAGCUAAGUAACUUUUUUAGAGAAUUAUGUUGUAAAUCUAUUCGGGUGAAGGAUGUACAACAAUUAGAAGAUCGAAUAGCUUUGACAUUAUGCCAUCUUGAGAGAAUAUUUCCUCCGUCCUUUUUCGAUAUUAUGGUUCAUUUGCCAAUUCACCUUGCUGGAGAGGCCAAACUUGCUGGUCCUGUGCAAUACCGUUGGAUGUAUCCAAUUGAAAGGUUCCUUUUGAGACUAAAGUCAUAUGUACGAAAUAGAAGACAUCCAGAAGGUUCAAUUGCGGAAGGUUAUUUAAUUGAGGAGAGCCUAACAUUUUGCUAUCGCUAUUUACAUGGUGUUGAAUCUCGGCUCAACCGUCCAGUAAGAAAUGAUGAUCGUAAUCCUAAUGAUUUACCUAAAAGAGCCCUAUUUUCCUAUAUUGGUCGUGCAUUAGACGAUGGCGAAACUAUAACUUUGGAUUAUACAACGUGGGUACAAGCACAUCGAUAUGUACUAUUUAAUUUUGAUCCUAUAAGCUCUUAUUUUGAAACUCAUCUUCAAGAUAUCAAGGCGAAUAAUCGUCGAGCGCGAAGGCGUGAUGUUGAGCGUAUUCAUAAUGAAACUUUUCAUGAAUGGUUUAAAUUCCAUGUUCGUAAUUUGAUAAGAGAAGAGAAUGAGUUAUCGGAGGAAAUUCAAUGGUUGGCAGCGGGUCCUCUAAUGACAGCAAGAAAAUAUAAAGGAUACAUUGUUAAUGGAUUUAGAUUUCAUACGAAAGAUGUUGAGGAGAGACGAAGAACACAAAAUAGCGGCGUUGUUGUUGUUGCAAGCACCUCUAGUUUUUCAAGUGCAAAGGAUCAAAAUCCUAUCAAAGGAGAUGUUGCAUACUAUGGAGUUCUGAAAGAGAUUAUUGAACUAUACUAUAAUGAAAAGGCAAAGGUUGUGUUGUUUAAAUGUGAUUGGGUUGAUGUGCGUUCUGAAGGCAGAGGGAUUAAGAAGGACAAAUUUGGAUUUACACUUGUUAACUUCAAUCGAUUGCUAUAUAGUAAUGAGAAUAUAGCAAAUGAACCUUUUGUACUAGCAUCACAAGUUGAACAAGUGUUUUAUAUACAAGACCCCUUAGAGGAAGAUUGGCAUGUUGUAGUUGGUACAAAACCUAGGGACUUCUUUGAUAUGUCUGCAAAAGAGGAAGAGUGUGGAGAUGAUAUAGAGAUAUACUACCCGAAUGGUUUAGAUAGUAGUUUAAAUACAGAAAGCAGUAGUAGUAAUAAUAUUGACAAUGGUAUCUGGGCAAGGACAAAUAUACCGGGACCAACUGUUAAUACACGUUUAGAUAUUACUCAUCCAAAAGAUGCUAUACAAAGUGGUGACUCAGAGGAUGAUGGAGUUGGUGAUGAUGAUUAUUGAUGUGAUUGAUUUUUAGUUAUAAGGAGGCUGGGCUUAGUAAUUGGCUAUGGCACGUACAAGAUUUCAUCCAGGAUGUUCUACAUGUGGUCCUUCAAAUGCAACAAACACGUUAGGUGAUCCUAUUCAAGAAGAUACACCAUCAAGUAAUCACUUGCGAAGGCAAUCUG